AUGGCGGGACGACAAGCACUGGUGGUGCCUGCGCUCAAGAAGCAGACGGCAACCAUCAUCAUGGCCCAUGGAUUGGGUGACAGCGGCGCAGGAUGGAUUUUCCUGGCUGAGAACUGGCGACGUCGCGGCAAGUUCGAGGACGUCAAGUUCGUCUUCCCCAAUGCGCCGAGCAUUCCGAUCACCGUGAACUCUGGAAUGUCGAUGCCGGGUUGGUACGAUAUCGUAAGACGCCGGGACGAUGUCGAUUUCAACGAGUCUAUGCAUGACGAACCGGGUAUCCUCCGCAGCCGGACGACCUUGACGAAACUGAUCACGGACGAAAUCGCGGCCGGCAUCCCUUCGGACCGUAUCGUUCUCGGUGGCUUCUCGCAAGGCGGCGCAAUGUCCAUAUUCACGGGUGCCACGACGCCACAUAAACUGGCCGGCGUGUUUGGAUUGAGUUGUUACCUGUUGCUGGGGGAUAAAAUCAAAGACUACGCCAAAGAAGCCAACGGGGCCAACAAGGAUACGCCAUUCUUCAUGGGCCAUGGUGACGCGGAUCAGGUGGUCAGUUAUAAAUGGGGCGUGCAGACGGCCGAGUUCUUGAAGAACGAGCUGGGCCACAAGGUGGAGUUCAAGACAUACAAGGGUCUGCCGCAUUCUGCGGACAUGCAGGAAAUCGACGACCUGGAGGUGUUCAUCAAGGACUGUUUAAAGCCCACGGAGUCUCUGUGA